CAAAGCCUACAGGUGAACCCCAGGAUCGAGUUUGUGAACGACUGUAGGCUACUUAAAAAAAGUUAAAAACACAUGACAACGCGAACGAUAUAAUAAAACCAAGAUAAUUGAUAGAAUGAAAUACCUAUUCUAAGUGGUGCAGCAAAUUGGUGUGACCUGCAAGGCGUGUAUGGGACCAUCAGCUCUCGAACUCUGUAGCCUUUUCUAGAUAACACUACGGCCGAAGAAACUUGCGAAAUGGGUGUUUGAAUAACCAUCAGACGCAGCACUACACAGUGUUGACUAAUUGAGAUGUUGCAGUCCACAAUUUGGAGCAGUAACUACUCGGGUAGCCGUCAGUUGGAAACACGCCACGCGGUUGAGCUUCCUCGGAUAUUUCGGGAGAAACCAUGGAUGAUUGGGAAGAAGAGGGCACUGGAACUACAGGGAGUUACCAAUCAAAUAACUCAAAUGGAGUGAGCUCAUGGAAUGGUGGUGGCUAUCAGAGCAAAGGCUUCGGAAGUCAAGAGGACAAUGCUGAAGGUGGUUCCUGGGGUGGGAGAGGUGGUUUUGGAGGGAGAGGUAGAGGCCGGGGGUCCAGGGGAGGGGGAGGAUUCAGGAACGCAUCAGGAAAUGAGGACUCUGGCAACAAUGAUGCUGAAGGAAACUCUUGGAAUGGUGGGGACGCCCCGAGAUUUGGUGGCAGAGGCAGGGGCCGAGGCAAGUUCCCUUCCCUGAAUUUCUUGCUUUCGGCUUCCUUCAAAGAGUCUUUAAUGCACGGGCCUUUGUAGGCCAACAAAUCGGGC